AAAGUGACUGACAGGUUGCGUCAUCUAACUGCGACGCUCAGUGGUCUGGAGAUUGAGUGGCUGGAGCGAGGUGUCCUCUGCUUCAUUCCUCAAAGGGUUUUGAUGCGAAUGAUGAAAUGUGACGCGUUCAGCUUGCGUCAUUACUUCAGUUGACGUCACUGCCAACCAACAAGUCUCCGCCAAUCACAGCAUUGCUGCCAGAAUGAGCUCCAGACACAGCUCUGACCGGGAAUCUGGAGCCCAUGUUCGUCACCAGGCUCUACAGAGGAGUAAAGCAGACAUUCCUCCGAUUGACCCUGAAGUUCUGAAGGAUUUGGAAAUCCUCACUCAAGAUGUAGCCUUAAAAGUAGAUCAAAUGAUGAAAAGCCUUAAUGGAACUAUCCAGAAUAUGACUGCACUUAGUGUUGGAUAUAUUCAGACUUACAGAGACUCAGUGGACAGUCUUGGAGAAUCUGUUGAUAUGAGUAUCAAGGGCAUGUAUACAUUGAUGGCUCGAUGUGAAGAGUUGGAUAGAUCCAUGCAUCCCAUUCAUGCGCUUGCCAAACAGAUCCGAGAUAUUAAGCGCACUCUGGAGAUGUUUGAAACAUUAUGUAAAUAACUUAUCAUUGUAUUGCUAGGCGUAUUUAUAUUUGUGUAUAUAUUUCAUUUAAAAAAAAAAAGAAA